AUGCAGCUCUCAGAGGAAUCAAAGGAGCGCAUCUCCAAAGUCAUCGACAUCUCCCGCGUCGCCAUACACUAUGGCUAUGUGCCAUUGAUCCUCUACCUUGGAUGGUCGCAGAGCACGCCUCGACCUGCCUUGAUUAGAUUCUUCUCUCCUUUCGCCUAAAUGCAAUACCGACACACAUCAACUCUAAUACACGAGGAUGCGUAAUUAGAGAGUGGACGGUCACCGUACUGCAAGAUGCCAAUACGGCGACGGAGUUGCCGCCACCCCAAAGAUUGGAAAAUGGAG